AUGCCGCUAAGCUAUGAUGCCGAGUAUAUCAAAAAUGCAGAGCCAGUGCUUGCUGCAAUUACCUCUGCAUUCAAAGCCCCCGUGCACGAUGCUCUCGCCCUCCGAGCAGGCCUCACAGCAAUCCUUGACCCAUUUACAGGCGGCAUGCCAGAUGUCCCCGGAAUAGAAACGACCGUCCACAACGUCAAAUCAGCCGAUGGCCACAUAUUCUCGCUAUACCAUGUCGCACCUAAGCGCGUCGAUGGAGCCCCUCCAGGUCCAGUAAUUCUCCACGCCCACGGAGGCGGUCUCAUCCACGGCGACGGCCGAGAAUGGGCCAAAGUAAUCGCCGUCAGAGCCCAAGAGACAGGGAUUCCCUUUUUCACAGUCGACUACCGCCUAACCCCCGAAAGCAAGUUCCCGGCGGCGAUCGACGACGUCUACGCCGCGCUGACGUGGAUCCACGAGCACGCCGAGGAAUUUGGGGUAGAUCGUACCCGCAUCGCAGUUAUGGGCGAGAGCGCUGGCGGAAACCUUGCCGCUGCUGUUUCUCUGAAGGCGCGUGAUCUUGCUCUUGAUCCUCCACUGGCGAAGCAGAUCCUGGUAUACCCGAUGCUGGAUGAUCGGAAUACCGUUCCGGAUCCGGAGAUUGAGCCUUUUACUACGUGGAGCUACGAGAACAAUAUCACAGCGGCAACGGCGUAUAUUGGGGCGGAUAAGGUCGGGAAGGAUGGUGUUUCGCCUUAUGCGGCGCCUGCACGAGCUACGGACUUCAAGGGAUUGCCCGCGCUGUACAUUGACGUGGGGGCAUUGGAUAUCUUCCGAGAUGAAUGUAUUGCGUAUGCUGGGAAGGCUGCGGCGGCGAAUGUUAAUGUCGAGCUUCAUGUGUAUUCCGGGGUUCCGCAUAUGUUUGAGCCGGGAGGACUUGGUACUGGUGUGGUUGAGCGGGCAGCGGCGAACAGGCUGGCUGCGAUGAAGAGUUUUUAG